GUUUAUUUUUGUUAUUAAUUGUAAGCAGUUUUUUUGGACCACAAAAUAAAUUUCUUAUAUUUUAAUUGUGAAACUAAAGUGCGAGAGCAAAAAAUACUUCGCGCGAGAGUUUAAACAAAAAUAAGUGAGCUACACUCUGGUGGCUAUUUUGUUGAGUUGAAAAAAUUUUUAAAUUAAAGCUAAACCACUAGAAACACAACUAAAAUAUGUCAAAAGCUAAGAAGACCAUAAUUAUUGACAAUGAUGAGGAUUCAUUUGCAUUUCUGAAUUCCUUCAAUCCUUAUGAUAAACAUAAUGCUAGAAAUGGAAAACAUAGGGUAUAUGCUAAACUUACUAAUCAUCGACAAAAACAAUCUACAAUGGUAGAUGCAAAAACCGGCCAAGGUAACGUAUCGGAGACACAUGUAAGUGAUAAACCAGUUCCACUCACAAGACCCGUUGAAGUUCCGACAUCUGAGAGUACAAUAUACCACGCAGGUUUACCGAAGAACCGGAAGACUGCCCAGACUACAGCAAGACAGGCAAUGUUCAAAGAUAAAAGCUGUGAUGACGCAAGUUCAACUUUUGUCAAUCCUUACAUUUCGAUGAAAACGCAUGUUCCUUAUGUUAAAGAUAUUCUGGCAAUGAAGAAAUUGAAUGAAGCAACUGCAAACCUAAACAGUGCCUUGAUGCAGGCUAGGAAACAGUUAGAGAGUAGUAAUUUACAGGAUAGUAUAGAUGUUGUGAAAACUCUUCUAGCGACAGUCAAUGAAAAUGAGGAAGUGUUUAAUAAUAAUAUGUCAAAUAUUCAAAACAUCGCAAAGAACAGCCUGAACGUAUCUAAGACUAAGUUCGAAAGUAAAAAAGUUCCCCGAAACAACGAUAUAAAGUCGUCAAGAGUAGUUAAUCAAAGUGCUGAUGUGUUGAGCAAAAAUUUAAUAAAUAUUCAUGACAUGGCAAAAAAUAAUCCCUAUGAACCUAAAACAGAGUUUAAGGAUUUGGAAGUUCAUCUAACAAAUUACAUAGAAUCGCCAGAACAAGUCAACAAAAGCGAUAGAGAGAUCCGCAAAAAUUUAGUUAAUAUUGAGGACAUCGCAAAAAACAGUAUUUACGCACCUAAAAAAAGGUUUAAAAAUAAAGAUACUGUAAAACGAAAUAACAUAGAAUCGCCAAGAGAAGUUAAUGAAAUUGACGAAGUGAUCAGAAAAAAUAUGGUAAAGUUUGAAAACAUCGAAAAAUGCAGUUUCCUCGGACCGAAAAUUGAAUCCAUGAAGAAGAAAGUUUAUAGAGAAUUUUGCAAAGAACCGCCGAGAGUAGUUGAGAAAAAUGAUGAAGUAGUUGCAAAAAAUAUUUCAAAUAUUCAGAACAUCACAGGAGAAAAACUCCACGCACCUAAAAUAGAGUCUAAAAAUAAGGGUAUUCUUAAAAAACAUAACAUAGAAUCGCUAAGAGAAGUUAAUGAAAUUGACGAAGUUGUCAGAAAAAAUACGGUACAUUUUCAAAACAUCGAAGAAAGCAGUUUCCUCGGACCUAAAAUAGAAUCCACGGAGAAGAAAGUUUAUAGAGAAUUUUGCAAAGAACCGCCGAGAGUAGUUGACAAAAAUGAUGAAGUAGUUGCAAAAGAUGUUUCAAAUAUUCAAAACAUCGCAAGAGAAAAACUCCACGCACUUAAAACAGAGGGUAUACUUAAAAGUGAUAAUGUAGAAUCGCUAAGAGAAGUUAAUGAAAUUGAGGAUGUGAUCAAAAAGAAUGCUGUAAAUUUUCCAAACAUCGAAAAAAGCAGUUUCCUUGCAGCUAAAACAAAGUUUGCGAAGAAGAAAGUUCAACGAGAUUAUAACAUAGAAUUGGAAAGUGAUGAAACCGAUGAAAACAUCGGAAAUGAAAAACUCUAUGUAUCUGAAAUAGAGGAUGAAGAAGUAUAUAAAAACGAUUACAUUGAAUUCUCAGGAACAGUAAAUGAAAGAGACAAACACAUUGAUGAAAAAAAACUCUUCGCAACUGAAAUAGACUCUGAGAAAAUGAAUAUUCUUGAAAAGAUUUAUAUUGACCCCACAGGAUCACUGAACAAAAGUGACGCAAUGCUCAGUGACGAUAAAACAGAAUUCAGGAAUAAAGAAGUAAAUGAAGAAGAUAACAUAGAAUCGCCAAGAGCGAUUGAGUAUUUAAACACAUUGUUUGCAGCUAUGGAAAAGGCUGAUAAAGCAAAACGAAAGUUGAAAGGCAUGAAGUCAAAAUAUCGCUUCUCGUCAGCAGACAAAAGGUUAAAUCUGGAAAAGAGCGCAUUUAAACUGAAACUUAAAUUGCGUCAAGUACUGAAUAAAAACCCAUUCGAAUCCUUACCUUCAAGUUCUGAUUCUGAGUAUGAUACUACCAAUAGUGGAUUGAAAGUCAAUAAAGCAAAGAAAUCCUUGUUUUGCUGUACACAUCAUGCUGGGGUUAAAAGUUAUCUAGAAAAAAAUAGAAUAAUGAACAAUGACAAACUAUUCCAUAUAAUAAAUAAAGACAAAAUGGAGACUUCAUACAAAAAUGUCGGUACAAAUUGUACUUAUCUGGAUUUUAAAGAACUCUACAAACCAAUGGUAAAUGCUGCUAAGUCUGUAAAUGCAGGGAAAAAACUAGACGAUUUGUUUACACAAAUAGAAGAGGCGAAACUUAAGAACCAGAUUAAAGAUCGAAAACAUACAAUACCUAAAGACAUAAGUCUUAAUUGGAUAAAUAAACAACUCCAUUUCAAUUAUAUGUGUGAGAAUUGUCUCGAGGGUGGCGAUAACUCAUUUUAUUACGACUAGAACUAAAGAAGGGAAAAAAUAAAUUUAAAAAAUAGAGUUGUGUCUUAAUUUGUUAAAAAACUAGCUCUAUGAAAUCUGUAAUAAGACUGACUGUAACCUAUUAAACAGCAUUGAAAAAUAAACUUUUAUUACUGCUA